GUGGUUUAGUAUGAAUAGUGAUAAGACACUUUUAUAAGAACCUUCCUUAUCUCUCAUAAUAACUUUAAAACAUAACAAGAAAAGAGUAAAGACAAAAUGCUUCUUAAAUAUAAAAAUUUAACAUGUGUUAUUCAAAGAAAUUUACAACAAUCCAGUAGUGUUAUCAAGAGUAAAAUUGAUCCACAGUCGCCAAAUUACAUGAAAAACUUGGAGCACAUGGAAAAUUUAGUUCGAUCUCUAAAAGAAAAAACUUCCAUUGCUCUACUAGGUGGAGGUGAAAAAGCUGUUCAAAGGCAUACAGUAAAAGGCAAAUUAUUGGUUCAAGACAGAAUUAACUUACUUUUGGAUUCAAAUACUGCAUUUUUAGAAUUAUCUGCUCUAGCAGCAAAUGAUAUGUAUGAUAAUCAAAUAAAUUCAGCUGGAAUAGUUACUGGUAUAGGAAAAGUAAAUGGCACAGACUGUAUGAUAGUGGCAAAUGAUGCAACAGUAAAGGGUGGUACAUAUUAUCCCAUUACUGUUAAAAAACAUGUUCGAGCACAGGAAAUAGCUUGGGAAAAUCAUCUACCAUGUAUUUAUUUAGUGGACAGUGGUGGUGCAAAUCUUCCACAUCAGUCGGAUGUAUUUCCCGACAAAAACCAUUUUGGUAGAGUAUUUUUUAACCAGGCAAACAUGUCUUCUCUAGGAAUAUCACAGAUUGCUGUUGUUAUGGGAUCCUGUACAGCAGGUGGUGCAUAUGUUCCAGCAAUGGCAGAUGAAUCUGUUAUAGUUAAGGAGCAAGGAACUAUUUUCUUAGCAGGUCCUCCCCUUGUAAAAGCUGCUACCGGUGAAGAUGUUUCAUCAGAAGAUUUGGGUGGGGCAGAAUUGCAUUGUUCCACUUCAGGAGUUACGGAUCACUUUGCAUUAAAUGACGAGCACGCGUUGCACCUGGCUAGACAAAUAGUAAAAAACCUAAACAAAAAAGCACAAGAUCCAUACAAUGUCCCUUAUGAAUUUCCUUUAUAUGACAACCAAGAACUGUAUGGUAUCGUCGACCCAGAACUCUUUAAACCUUUUGAUGUUAGAGAAAUUAUAGCACGAAUUUUUGACGGCUCUAAAUUUGAUGAGUUCAAAAAAAAAUACGGCGAAACUUUAGUGUGCGGUUUUUCUAAACUGUAUGGGAAAACUGUUGGCAUUAUCGGGAACAACGGAGUUCUUUUCUCUGAAAGCGCUAUGAAAGGAGCACAUUUUGUUCAACUAUGUACUAAAAGGAAUGUGCCUAUUAUUUUCUUACAAAAUAUUACAGGUUUUAUGGUGGGUAGACAAGCCGAAACCGGUGGCAUAGCAAAAAAUGGUGCGAAAUUAGUAACAGCAGUAGCAUGUGCAAAAGUUCCAAAACUUACUGUAAUUAUAGGCGGAUCUUAUGGAGCGGGAAAUUAUGGCAUGUGUGGUCGAGCCUAUUCUCCUAGAUUUUUAUUUAUGUGGCCAAAUGCAAAAAUUUCGGUUAUGGGUGGAAAACAAGCGGCAGGUGUUUUAUCUCAAGUAGCAAGUAAAGGAAAAUGGUCGGAAGGGAAAAUAGAGAAAUUUGAGAAACCUAUUAUUGAACAAUUUGAUAGGGAAGCAUCCGCAUAUUAUAGCACUGCAAGGAUUUGGGAUGAUGGUAUUAUUGACCCAAAGGAUACAAGAAAAGUAUUGGGUUUAUGUUUGGCAGCUACGUUAACUAAACCAAUAACCAAAUCUCAUUUUGGAAUUUUUCGAAUGUAAUGUCUUGAUAUUAAUUAAUUUAUUUUGUUUUAUUUAUAAAUAUUUUGAAUUUGUAGGAUUUUUA